AGAAUUGAUCAACUUCCAUCGGAUGUACCGACGUAUUUGACCGCUGCAGCGGGACCAUCAAGAUAUCCGUCAAGGAAAUUUUGUUCGGUGUGUGGAUACUUGUCGAAUUACAGUUGUAAAACUUGUGGGAUGAAGUAUUGUAGUGUCAAAUGCUUGGAAACUCAUGAAGAAACAAGUGUGAUAAUAGGUGAAAAACAAAAGGAUGACGGUAGGUUAGAAGAUCGAUUGGUUGAGAAAUAG